AUGAACGAUGGAAUUCAACCGAAGCUGGUCUGGGGACCGGCAGUUGGAAAGAGUAAUGAUUCGAAAACUUUCUGCGGCGUCGAGGAGUGUAAACCUUGGACAAGGUCGGAAGAACUCCCUGGUCGCAGUUAUAAGACCUCUGCCAACAUAGCUCAUAAACCGCUCGCUCCAAUUUUUGAGUUCAUCGAGACGAAGCCGAUCAAGCUGGCCGCGGAAACAAUGCUCCGAGAUUACAGAUACAAGACAAUACAUUAUAAGACUUCAUACGGAAGUGCUUACAAGCAGAAGUUCAAUAGCAAAGGCCUCACUGAUACUUCUAAUGUGCCUCACGCCAUCGGUUUCACACUCAACUAUCAAUGGUUGGACAAGCUGAGAACUUUUCCUCCGGGCAAAAUGGAUCAACAGCAGAGCGAAAUGAAAUAUAAUUACACAUGGCCAACGACAGCAGAAGGAACUGGAAGACUCAAUGACAUGAGACCUCGUGUUACAUGUCAAAUGUAUUGCCCAGGAAGAGAGGCGCUGGAUAAGACACCCUCUAAUAUAAAUUGCAUCCAGAAAUUAAUGGACCCUUACCUCACAACAAUGCAAAGUGAUUACGUCUACUAUGAUGCGGAUGCUCGUAGAAGGUAUAAACACAAGGAUGCUGUGCCAGUACAAAUUUUUCAAAAGAAACCUAUAUAUGACGAAAGUUACUUAGGAAAAAAAUUCAUGGACAGAAUUGUGAGAAAGACGGCACCCCUUGUUCCACAUAGGAGUAUGCUGAGUGAAGCACAAGAAAACUACAAACUGCCAUUGGACGAGCUAGCCCACAAGAAGGUGCAAGUGUGCUCAACAAUUAAAUACAAACCGCUAACGAAGGGAGAGGUAAUGUCUAUACCCGGGAUGUACCACACGGACUAUGAGCACAUAGGCCACAACUGGCCUCUAUCUUCUGUUGUUUAG